AUACACCAUCUUUCAGGGGAUCCCUCGUCAGAAAGAAACCUUUCACAUCUUUACAUCUUUAUCAAAGGGAAGGAGGCAUCAUAUAUAUAUAUAUAUACAUUUAUGUAUAUAUAUAUAUAUAUAUAUUUAUAUUUAUAUAUAUAUAUAUAUAUGUAUACAUAUACACAUAUAUAUCGCAAUGUGAGUCCAAUGUCGGAAGGACAAUCGGAAACGAGGACGAAGGGAACAAAGCAGACAUGAAGGAAUAACCAGAGUGUCUACAGUGGAACCAGUUAAGAGAAUAACGCUAAUUGUGUGUGCUUGUCUUCGGUCAGAAGCUAACACUCUUCUACUAACACAAAGAAAUACUUUGACACAAUUACAAGCAGAAAGUAAGCAGGGCGAGAAAACAAACACAUCGAGCCUUAAUGUAGGCAAGAUGGCGGUCUCCGUCAAUGUAAACAAAAAGAUUUAGCCGUCAGGAAGGUUAGCUCUGUUGCUAAGCGUUGCGAGAGUGUAUGUUUGACAAGUAGACAAAAACUAAAUUAAAAUGUUGUCGUAUGAGUAUGGUUGGCAUUUCAAUGUGUAAAAUAUUUGUGUUAAAGUGAAGCAUCGUUUGACUGUUCAAGUCACAUUUUCAUAAUAGUAAUAAUACUCGUAUUAUUAUGUAUGAUUUACUCCAAUAAAUAACGGACAGUGUAGAAGCAUUUAGAGUUUAGGGUUAGCAUGUGAUAAUGGGAAUCGUCUUUAUUCAUGACCUAAUAUCACCCAUUAUUUUUAUUACUGAUGCUACCUGGUAAAUUGAUGCCACCCACUGCACAAGAUGUAUUUUUGAAAUACACCAUUUUUAAUACUAAGCAUAUAUUUGCUGGUUCCCAAUUUGGACUAUCAAGCCUCCCCCGCCCACCUCCCAAAGUGUUGGAUUCUCUGGGAUCUUUGAGGUUAUCUGAAGGAACUGAAGUCUUCUGGACCCCUGAGGAACCCAGACCUGGAUGUCAUGGAACUGAUGUUUGCUGAGUGGGAGGAUGGAGAGAGGUUCUCGUUUGAAGACUCUGACCGCUUUGAAGAAGACUCUCUGUGCUCCUUCAUUUCAGAGGCUGAGAGCCUCUGUCAGAAUUGGAGGGGAUGGAGGAAGCAAUCUGCCGGACCUGCGUCUCCUAUCGUCAAGACUAAAGAUGGUCAUGUGAUUCCAUUGGUGGAGUUGUCAGCGAAACAAGUAGCCUUUCACAUCCCAUUUGAGGUAGUGGAGAAAGUGUACCCUCCUGUGCCAGAACAACUCCAGCUUCGAAUUGCAUACUGGAGCUUUCCUGAAAAUGAGGAAGACAUCAGGUUAUAUUCAUGCCUGGCCAAUGGGAGCCCAGAAGAGUUUCAACGUGGCGAGCAAUUGUACCGAAUCAGAGCUGUCAAAGACCCUCUGCAAAUUGGUUUUCAUCUCAGUGCUACAGUUGUGCCAAGUCAGUCCGGACAGUCGAAAGGAGCCUACAAUGUGGCAGUCAUGUUUGAUCGCUGCCGCAUCACCUCCUGCAGUUGUACAUGUGGCGCUGGGGCCAAAUGGUGUGCUCAUGUGGUGGCCCUUUGUCUCUUCAGGAUCCACAAUGCCGCAUCUGUCUGCUUGCGGGCUCCAGUCUCAGAGUCUUUGUCCAGGCUUCAGAGAGAUCAGCUCCAAAAAUUUGCCCAAUAUCUCAUCAGUGAGCUUCCUCAGCAGAUUCUACCCACAGCCCAACGACUACUUGAUGAGCUGUUAUCUUCUCAGUCUACUGCAAUCAACACUUUAUGUGGAGCUCCAGACCCAACAGCUGGACCCUCAGCCUCCGAUCAGAGCACCUGGUAUUUGGAUGAGUCAACCCUCAGUGACAACAUCAAGAAGACACUGCACAAGUUCUGUGGGCCCUCACCUGUUGUCUUCAGUGAUGUCAAUUCCAUGUAUCUGUCGUCCACUGAGCCUCCGGCCGCUGCGGAGUGGGCGUGUCUGCUCAGACCUUUGAGAGGACGGGAGCCGGAAGGCAUCUGGAACCUUUUAUCGAUCGUCAGGGAAAUGUUCAAAAGACGAGACAGCAAUGCUGCUCCACUGCUGGAGAUCCUCACUGAGCAGUGUCUGACGUAUGAACAGAUCAUCAGCUGGUGGUAUAGUGUUCGAACUUCAGCGUCCCACAGUAGUGCCAGUGGACACACCGGACGGAGCAACGGCCAGUCGGAGGUGGCAGCUCAUGCCUGUGCUAGCAUGUGUGAUGAAAUGGUGAUGUUAUGGAAGCUGGCAGUGCUCGACCCCACUGUGAGCCCUUGCAGGCGUCUGGAACUGGCUAGUCAGUUGAAGCAGUGGCACCUUAAGGUUAUCGAGAUAGUGAAGCGCGGGCAACAUCGCAAGUCCUUGGACAAGCUUUUCCUGGGCUUUAAACCCGCCGUAGAGUCCUGUUAUUUCAACUGGCAGGUGGCCUAUCCCCUGGAAGGCAUUACAUUCUGCAGUACAGAUAAAAAGACUGCCACUUUUUGCUGGCCUAGGGGAAUGCAGCACCCGAGAGCAGUAAGAACUUCAUUGGGAGGUGUCGGAGACACAUCUGAACCAAGAGGAGCAGAUUUUAAAGGAAGAGAAAGUGGUCAUUCACCUCAGGAAGAAGUCGUAGUGCGACCAAAAGAUACUAUGCUAACCAAAAAGAAGGCCUUUUCAAUGAAUGGUGGAGGAAGUAUGUUGGUUCGUCUGGGAGGGAGCGUGUCACUGUCCCUAGAAGAUGCAGGGGUGAAGUGUUUCUACAAAGGACAAGGUAAUUCUUCUGGGGGAAAGUUAAAAUUAAUACAAGGCUGUGGGAAAGGGGGGAUAUUAGGGGGAUGUGGUGGGACCGGACCUGCUAAAAAUGUCAAUGCCAAGCGGAGAACCAGCAGUGAGGAUAGUUCUCUGGAGCCAGACCUCGCUGAACUCAGCCUUGAUGAUGGCUAUAGUCUGGCUUUGGGGGCUGAGGCAAGCAACACAUUAGAAUGCCCCCCCCCAGGACCAGAGAUCUUUUCGUCCCGAAGUCCGCUGCUUCAAGAAUUGUGCAAUAACAGCAACUGUGGUCGGAGCAUGGUAUUGGAAAUGAAGGGUAGUAGCCAAACCUCAGAUGCCUGUCAUGCUACAGCACCUGUGACAUCCACUUUACAUUUCACAGAGACCCAAGUGGUGGUAGUUGAUGUUCCUGGUAGACUAGGAGAUCCCCAAGAACAGAAGGUGGGGGUGGCAGUCAAGGACAAGGAUGUGAAUUUAGACAACAGCAACCAGUCGAAUCCUUCCUUUUCUACUAAAGCACCUCAAAGCCAUCUGGAGAAAGAAUGUGACGGAAAAGCAGCAGAUGGCGCCGCACAGGUUGUGUGCACAUUAUCUCACCAAGAAGCAGAUGCGCUUGGAGUCAUUGGGUGUGAUGACGACUAUCAGGCCUACUACAUAAGCCCUGCUUCAGAGGAGGGGGGAGAUCGACAGCUGGUUGACAACCAACAAGAGGAGGAGCCAGACAUAUUUGCAGGGAUCAAACCGCUGGAGCAGGAGGGACGUAUGGAUGUGCUGUUUGCAUGUGCUGAGGCCCUCCAUGCUCAUGGAUACAAUAACGAGUCAUGUCGACUGGCUGUGGAGUUAGCUAAUGAGCUUCUAUCUAACCCUCCAGACCUGAAAGUGGAACAGCCACAGACGAAGGGUAAGAAGAACAAAGUGUCAACAGGUCGUCAGACGCAGGUAGCCACCAACACACUGUCGAAAACGGCCUUCCUCCUCACUGUACUCGGUGAACGACUGGAGCUCCACAAUCUUGCCUUCAGCACUGGCAUGUUCUCUCUGGAACUCCAGAGACCACCAGCGUCCACCAAAGCUUUAGAGGUGAAGCUGGCUUACCAAGAGUCUGAGAUUGUGGCUCUUUUGAAGAAACUUCCUCUGGGCCUUGUGGAAAUGUCAGUUAUCCGAGAGCGAGCUGAGCAGCUCAGGGAUGGAAAUUUCUGUGGUUACAGACCUGUGCUUCCUCUCAUGUUGGCCAGCUUUAUUUUUGAUGUCCUCUGUUCCCCAGUUGUGUCGCCAACUGGCUCCCGCCCACCGAGCCGGAAUCACAACAGUGAGAUGCCUGGAGAUGAAGAGCUUGGCUUUGGAGCUGCAGUUGCUGCACUUGGGAUGAAGACUACAGUCAGUGAAGCAGAACAUCCUUUGCUUUGUGAAGGAACAAGAAGGGUGAAGGGAGAGCUUGCUCUUGCUCUCAUGAUCACAUACAAAGAUGACCAGAGCAAGCUAAAAAAGAUACUUGAUAAAUUGUUGGACAGGGAGAGUCAAACCCACAAACCUCAGACGCUGAGCUCCUUCUACUCCAGCAAGCCUGCAGCUGGAAGCCAACGUAGCCCCUCUAAACACGGCCCCUCCUCUUCCACUGCAACCACUAUGGUGGCUGCUUCUUCUAGCACCUCUUCUGCUGUGGCACUGGCCUGUGAAGACCUGGAUGAACCCAAAUCCGUGCAGAACAGCACAGCGGGCCAAAGCACGUCUGAGUGUGUCUCAGAAGGCAAUCCAAGUGAGCAUCAAAACGAUGAGAGCCCAUUUAAACUUGACACCACAGUGCCGAGCCGAUUGGCGCUGGGAGCACGCUGUGGAUAUAGCCAACGCUGCUGGGGCUCUCCUGUUCGACAGAAGAAGAAACACACUGGCAUGGCGAGUAUUGACAGCAGUGCUCCAGAGACAACGUCAGACAGUUCUCCUACUCUCAGCCGGCGGCCAUUACGAGGUGGCUGGGCAGCAACAUCCUGGGGGCGGGGUCAAGAUAGUGACAGCAUCAGUAGUUCAUCGUCUGAUUCACUGGGAUCCUCCUCUUCCAGUGGAUCUCACCGGGUAGGAGGAGGUGCCAGGGCCAAGAGUACGGACACCAGCAGGUAUAAGGGGCGUCGUCCAGAAUGCCACGUACCCCAUGUGCCCAACCAACCCUCUGAAGCCGCGGCUCACUUUUACUUUGAGUUAGCCAAGACGGUGUUAAUCAAAGCUGGAGGAAACUCCUCUACCUCCAUUUUCACCCAGCCUUCGGCUAGUGGGGGUCACCAAGGACCCCACAGAAACCUGCAUCUAUGUGCCUUUGAAAUUGGCCUCUAUGCCCUUGGACUCCACAACUUUGUCUCUCCCAACUGGCUGUCCAGAACAUACUCCUCCCAUGUCUCUUGGAUUACUGGUCAAGCUAUGGAAAUUGGCAGUGCUGCCCUCAACAUUUUGGUGGAGUGUUGGGAUGGUCACCUCACACCUCCAGAAGUAGCAUCGUUGGCCGAUCGCGCGUCACGGGCCAGGGAUCCCAACAUGGUCCGUGCUGCUGCAGAAUUGGCUCUGAGCUGCCUGCCUCAUGCACAUGCUCUCAAUCCAAAUGAAAUCCAGAGAGCCUUGGUGCAGUGUAAAGAACAGGACAACACGAUGCUGGAAAAGGCGUGUAUGGCAGUGGAGGAAGCAGCUAAAGGUGGAGGUGUGUACCCUGAGGUCUUGUUUGAGGUUGCUCAUCAGUGGUACUGGUUGUAUGAGCAAUCCUUCGUGGGAGCCUUGAACCAGCAAAGAGAGACUCCUGAGCGCUGUGGAGCCAAUGGAGGUGUUCACAGGAGGCCUGUAGAGUCCAGCUGUGGCGUCUUUGACGGUGUACCUAAUGUGGAGUCAACCGGGGUAGCAGUCACAGGCUCCCUCACAGCAGCGGCGGUUGUACCUGUAAUCUCUGUGGGCUCCACUUUAUACCAGCCCCAGGCUAUGGCCCAUGCCCAUGCCCACAGCCUUCACCCGUAUGCAACCAUCCAAGCCCAUGUACCCACUGUUUGCACCCCGCAAUAUCUGGGACACCCUCUGCAGCACGCACCCAGACCCACUGUCUUUCCUAUAACCGGAGCUGCAUACCCACAGGGCAUGCACCCAGCCUUCAUUGGUGCACAGUUCCCAUUUUCAGUGGCCACGGGUCCCCAGCCUUCCAUAGCAGCCACUGCUGUGACCUUCCCUGCCAUCCCUGUACCAGCCAUGACGCAGAUUUCCUAUCCCUACCACCCUGAGACCAGUCUACCAAUCAGCACCACUGUCGCAGUUGGCAGUAUCCAUGCUGGUUCCACCAUCCAGGCCAUUCAGGGAUCCUCUUUAACCUGCCUUUCCUCCCAGCCCAGUCCACUAAUCAGCACUCCUUUCCCAGUAGAGGAGGAGCCACACAGCCAGCCAAUCAGUCAACAGGGUCUGCACUAUCUCCAUUCUGCCUAUAGAGUUGGUAUGCUAGCGUUGGAGAUGCUGGGAAGGAGAGCUCACAAUGAUCACCCUAACAACUUUUCCCGAAGCCCACCCUACACAGAAGACGUGAAAUGGUUACUGGGGCUCGCUGCGAGGCUUGGAGUCAACUACGUGUACCAAUUCUGCGUGGGAGCAGCUAAAGGUGUCCUGAGCCCAUUUGUCCUACAGGAGAUCAUCGUGGAGGCUCUUCAGAGGCUCAAUCCUGCUAACUUCCACGCCCACCUCAGAACACCUGCCUUCCACCAGCUGGUUCAGCGCUGUCAACAGUCCUACCUACAGUACAUCCAUCACAGGCUCAUCCACUUAACACCUGCGGACUAUGAUGACUUUGUCAACAUCAUCCGCAGCGCCAGAGGUGCUUUCUGCCUCACGCCGGUGGGCGUUAUGCAGUUUAACGAUGUGCUUCAGAACCUGAAGAGAGGCAAACAGACUAAGGAGCUAUGGCAGCGUAUUUCUCUGGAGAUGGCCACCUUCUCUCCUUGAACAUUUGGAGCUCAGAGGAAUCCAUCCAAACACUUUCCCACACAUCUGUCUCUCCCACCCGGCGAUGUGAACUCUGCAAACACAGCACGCAUGUGCAUCAGUUCCAGCAAGAAUUUUUCUUGUCCUAGUCCUCCGGGCCCUCAUCUCACAUGGCCGUCAUUGUCGUCAGUCUUUAACUGUAAUUUUGUGUAAUUAUGACUUUUUUUUUUUCUUCUUUCUGUUCCUGAUAAAGAGAGGACAUUGAAUUUGGGGACUCUUGCUGUAAUUCCAAUGUAUUUUGUUUGGAAGAAAACCACUUUAUCUGUCACGUUUUGCAAUUGUGUGACGAUAUCUUUCGGCAAGUUCUUAAGAAAAGAUGUAAAGAGAAAACAGAAGGUCGGUGAGUACAUGACAUAUUAUUGUUGUCAGCAUAGGUGAGGAUGUAGGACAGUAGAACGUGUGUAGAAUGCAAAAAGAAUGUUAUUAUCAUGGCGGUCUUGUUAUAUGGAUAAAUAUUUACAUUGAACCCAGCUUUGCAUUACCGUAAAGAGAGCCAGUUACCAACCACUAUAAGCAAAAUUACUUGUUUUCAGUAGGUUGUUGGCAUAUCCGUAGGUGUAUCUGUGAGGAUUAUGAUUAUUUCCUUGACACAAAUAAAUAUAUUAUGGUUUAGGAUAUUUUGUCCAAAAAUGUUGAAUAAAAAAAAACAGCAGACAAUAAUUGUUUUACUUUGUUAAGCCCAACUGUUUGCUUUUCGAAAAGGGUUUUCAAUAUGACUUUUUUUUUAAAUCACAUAAUUCAUUAACUCUUAGGUGUCCAGGGUAAGAGUUCCACUAUUGUGUACUGUUAUUCACUUCACUUUUAUAUUUCACCUUAAAAAUAUUUUAGUUGGUUACUUUUUUCUAGUACUACCUUACACUUACUUUUUUUUUUGGACAUAGUUUAUUAACAAAUUAGGCCUAAAAAUCAUCAAAGGGUGAUUUUUAUUUUUAUUUACAGUUAAGUACAUUUAUCUUAAGUAUAUUUAACUGUAAAACUAUAAAUGUUAAAGGGCUGUGUUUGACUAAAGCUUUUCAUUGUCAAAUCUGAUCUGUUGGAUUUUUGGGCUAAUUAAU